AUUGUCAUUCAAUGACGUGCUUUUGGGGUGCAGGCGGAAACCGAUUGUAGCUGAAAUUAAAAUGUUUUGCCUAUCCCAAUAAACAAUUACAAAAGACCUUAAUAAUUAUAUUCGUUUGAUAUUUCUAAAAAUUCGGCGAUAUGAGUUUUUCAAGUGACGAAGUAAAUUUUUUGGUUUACAGAUACUUACAAGAAUCAGGGUUUCAUCACUCUGCGUACACAUUUGGAAUCGAGUCUCAUAUUUCACAAAGUAACAUAAACGGAGCGCUUGUACCGCCGGCAGCGCUGUUAAAUAUCCUUCAGAAAGGAUUGCAGUACACAGAAGCAGAGAUCACGCUUGGAGACGAUGGCACAGAGACUCGUCUCCCUGAGAGCCUCAGUUUGAUAGAUGCGGUAACUCCAGACAUAGUAUCUGCCCGACAAAAUGCUCACAAUGCUCAGAAACAAGCAAUUAAGGCAGAACCAGGGUCAGGUGGUGAACAGAAUGGAGUUGAUGGUACUACAUGCACCACAACAGGUUCAACAACAGGGGGAGCGGCAACACCAAGUGCUCCAGAAAACAUGGAUGUUGAUCAAUCCAUAGAGAUACCUGCUAGCAAAGCCACAGUAUUACGGGGACAUGAAUCUGAGGUGUUCAUCUGUGCAUGGAACCCUAGCACUGAUCUGCUGGCUAGUGGUUCAGGAGACAGCACUGCAAGAAUAUGGGACAUGUCGGACAAUCCAGCGACAACCCCAAACCAGUUAGUUUUAAGGCACUGUAUUCAGAAAGGAGGCACUGAAGUUCCGAGUAACAAAGACGUCACUUCCUUGGACUGGAAUUGUGAUGGCAAUCUAUUGGCGACUGGAUCAUAUGAUGGCUAUGCUCGCAUUUGGACCACAGAUGGAACCCUAGCAUCUACAUUGGGACAACACAAAGGACCCAUUUUCGCUCUGAAAUGGAAUAAAAGGGGAAAUUAUAUUUUAAGUGCUGGGGUUGACAAGACUACCAUAAUAUGGGAUGCAGCUACUGGCCAAUGCACGCAGCAGUUCUCGUUCCAUUUGGCACCAGCUCUUGAUGUAGACUGGCAAACCAACACAUCUUUUGCCUCUUGCUCUACUGACCAGUGGAUCCAUGUCUGUAAGCUCAAUGCUGACAAACCUAUCAAGAGCUUCCAGGGCCACACAAAUGAAGUGAAUGCUAUUAAAUGGGAUCCACAAGGCCAGUUACUUGCGUCAUGUUCAGAUGAUAUGACUCUAAAGAUAUGGUCAAUGAAACAGGACAAUUGCGUACAUGACCUCCAAGCUCACUCCAAGGAAAUCUAUACUAUUAAAUGGUCUCCAACUGGCCCUGGCACUCAAAAUCCUAACAUGAAUUUGAUCCUGGCUAGCGCAUCAUUUGACUCUACAGUUCGUUUAUGGGAUGUUGAACGUGGGGUAUGUAUCCAUACAUUAACAAAACACACAGAACCAGUCUACAGUGUUGCAUUUUCUCCAGAUGGUAAGUUUCUGGCUAGUGGUUCAUUUGACAAGUGUGUGCAUAUAUGGUCAACGCAAACCGGAGGUCUUGUACACUCUUACAAGGGGACUGGCGGCAUAUUUGAAGUCUGCUGGAAUUCUCGUGGUACAAAAGUAGGUGCAAGUGCUAGUGACGGCAGUGUCUUUGUUUUGGAUUUACGCAAACUAUAACUACAGUAGGGGUAUUCCACUAUUUUUUUACGUUGAUUGAAGCAUUUUUACUAACUGAUAAAUAUCUGAGCAGAAUUAUUUUUUUAUAAUUUUGAAAAAAAAAGCAAGAUAUGGAUAUUUGAAUCCCGAUUAGAUAGUGGGAAGACAAAUAGACAGUCAUCUUUAAAAACUCAUAACACCUUUGGUUUUCCAUUCAAUUAAAUUAGUUUUCAAAUCUUGUUAUAGCAUUAAGACAAUUUUUAUAUUUUGUUCUGUAUUGAGUAUCAGUGGAAUACCCUAUUUUGCUAUGAAAGUAAUGCUCCUGCAAGGCUGAUUCUUAGUCCGCAAUAAUACCCACGAAAUGACUUAUAUAUGAUUUUGAUAAUGCACUGUGCCACUAAAGUAAUAAUUUCAAGUGAAACAAAUUGUAUUUGAUUUAUAUACAGUUAGUACCUUCUCUGCUUUUAUGCACUAUAGUUAUGUAAUUGAUAGAAUAAACUAUUAUAAUAUACCAAUAUUUAUAUGCAUAAAUUAACUUAAUAUCUUUCCAUAUAUUAUGUAGUAUUUCAUCCAUAUUCACUUUCCUGUGAAUAUAUUCAUUUAUCAAAAUUUUUAUACAUACCUAGGUGCUGGACACUGAUAACAUUUUAUUUCAUUUGUAAUUAGUCUUUGUGGUUAUAUUUUAGUCUCAGUGCAUUCAAGUAUAGUAAUAUUAUUAUUUGUAGGAAAUAGUAUUUAAGUAAGCUAUAAAUUGUUAUAGCAUACGAAAAGCAAAUAGGAUUAUAUAAUUUUAUAAGAAAAUAAAAUAAAUGAUUACAGCUGAAAAA